UAUACUAAAGAGCACCAGAGUUCAUUAGCUUCACCAUGGAUUCCCUUGCAUUCUCCCUCGAAACGGAACCCAUGACCUUGUUGUCGGAGCAACUUGAUAUGGCCAGGGAACAAGCACUGACCAUCAUGAAGAAGGUCCCGCCUGAAGAAGCAGCAAGAAUUUUCACCAAGGGAUUGAAACCUGUGGAGGACUUGGGCAUGAAAGAAACGCACAUGAGGACUAGAGGGAAGAAAGAACAUAAAGCCAAGAAUUCAUGUAAAUUCUGCACUUGCACUGACGUCGCAGAAGAAAACCCUGAUAACAGUGAGAUUGUGGAGCCCCUUACAGCACCAUUUUGA